CGUCAACCCAGACAAAUUAAUUCAGGUGCCUGGUGAAGGUAUUGUCUUUCUUACAGUGCCCGCAGACAGUCCUUCUUUCUUUGCAAAUCACUCCUUUGAAUAUGUUGUUCCUUCGCACUUUACAGGCUCUCGCCAUUCCGGCAUUGGUCGCGGCUUCGGCUAGCAAGAACUGCAAAGAUGUCGAGGUCCCGGUGACUGUUAAGGCGACGUCUGUGCCAUUCCCUAACGAGGUCAGCCUCCCCACAAUCAUCAACUACCUGAACCUCAACUUUGGGUUCCUGCUCAACACUUUCUCCGCGGGCACAUACACCAUCCGCGGAACCCACUGCGUUUCGUCGGUGGAAUCCGAGAACAAUGGCCGUACCCAAGUUCUGGUGCACGGUAUCCUUGGCUCCCGUCACUACUGGAGUGGCCUGGACCCUCCGCAUCUCGGCCUCAAGCCUUUCAACAAUGGAAACUACUCCUACGUCGACUAUGCCUUGUCUCAAGGAUACGAUACUCUGGCCGUUGACCGUCUUGGUAACGGCCGUUCGGAUCACCCGAACCCAUUCACUAUCCACCUUCCUUUCCAAGUCGAGGCCAUGAACCAACUCCUCACCUCUCUGCGUGCCGGUGUUCUCGGGACCACUCCUCGCGAGCUCAUCUGGGUCGGUCACUCUUGGGGAUCCAUCCUCGGCUCCGGUCUUGUCGCCAAAUACCCCCAAGCAGUCGAACGUCUCGUCCUCACCGGCUGGACCGCCUUCGUCUCCAAAUCCUCUCUGACCGCCCUCCGCGCUCUGACUCCCUGGCCUGCCCGUCUCGCCAAGCCCGAGCGCUUCACCAACCUCCCCCUCGGCUACCUCCACCCCACCAACGAAGUCGGAUCCGAGCCCUUGAACUUCUGGGCCGGCGAAGGCACCCGCGGCAAGCACUACGACAUCAAGGUCCAGGAGCGCAUCCAGGCCGUCCUUGGCACCGUCGCAGUCACCGAGCUCCUCUCGCCCGGCCUCUUCAACGGCGUUCCGGCGCCGUACUUCACUGGCAAGGUCCUCGUCGUCACCGGCCAAUACGACGAGUUCUUCUGCGCCCAGAGCUACUUCCCCGGCCACGCCGACUGCGGCCAGGGUGGUUCCGCCGGCAAGGGCGGCCAGUGGGGCGACCUCGUCGACGACAAGACCUACCUCGGCAAGAGCGGCCCCAAGGUCUUCCCCAACGCUGCCCGCUACGAUUACUAUGUGCCGCCGCACACGGGCCACGGGAUCCAUGUGCACUACUCGCACCGCGAGUCGGCGGAUGCGGUCACGCAGUGGUUGAAGUUGACGGUCAAGGACGCUGCCAAGAAGGCUCCUGCGAAGGUCGCCGCCGAGGCGAAGCACGACGAGCUUUGAGCGCGCCCAAGGGCUGGGAAUUUUCCCAACGUGGGUGUUCCUGAAGAACACUCUUUCGGAGAAACGACCAUGAAAAGGGGCACGUGUAUCUAGAAAUUUUAGAUAGAUAGGAGGGAAAUGGAAUGUCAUACCCCCAGUGUUAGCGGAUAUUUACCCAUCUCGCUCAUUCAUCAAUCCCGUAUGCACACGGGGGAAAAGUCUUGGGAAAAACGCCGGUCGAAAAAAGCCAUAGCGAUCCAAAUAUGCAAACGAACU